UAUUGUGAUAGCCCAGCCUUUAGAGAAUUGGCUACUGCAAGCGAGUCCCCAAUUUUGAAGCUAGCUUCGCAAAUUGUUACCAAAGGUGUAAACGAUGCAGCAUACCAAGCCAGGGCCCAAUUGCUAUACGAACAUCUUCCUCACGGAACUAUGUCAAAAAAGCUCGUGACACUUGAUUGCGCCAUGACGCCUGAGUUUUUAGCAGUAAAACUGAACGGACCAGUUUCCAUGUUAGAUGCAGAAACAUGCUCUUCUCAGGUCUGUCCCCGUGAUCGUUGUGGAUCAAAUCUGAUUGUACUUACUGCCAACACGCAAACUCUUUUGAGGGAUGGCAUAGAACAACUUGAAAGGUGCAUUCACGACAACAUGGUAUUUAGUACUUCCCAAUGUAUGCAGCCGUUCAAGGAUGGAUUGAACGACAUCUGUGGUGACCCGGAUUAUGUUACAAACUUUCCACCGGACCCCACGUUCUCCAAAUAUGUACUGUGCUCUGGCGUUGUCGAGCACGUAUACACAAUGCAGCAGACCGUUCUUAUUUCCAUUCCUGGUGUUGGAAAUGAAAGAUGUGGGUAUGAGUAUGAGAGUCAGGGCAAAGGAACGGCUACCUUUGAAACAACAUAUAAGUGUCGUUUAAGUCAGAUACCAAUAUCGCUUGACCUUUUGGGUACUACUUACACUCUCCGAGGAGCAAUUGGAUUCAAUGCACCUUAUGUAGCAUCAAGGCGAUACAACUUCAAGAAGGAGGGAGAGUUAGGUCAUUAUGUCACAUUCUCUCGACGGAUUGGAGGAAGUUGGCAGAUAUUUGAUGAUCUAAGAACGAAGCACGAAAAUCUUAAAACCGACAAGGUCAUUUCGGUUUGCAUGCUACUCUACACGAUGUAAUCAUUAUUGACAUAUUUGUAACUAACAAUUGUAUUACAAUUCAUAAGCUUUUUUUCUUAAACGAGGUUUUUUAUACAUAAGUGUUCCAUUCAAUUAUAGGUCAUAUAACCCAUGUGCAUUCAAAUUAAUAAACCCGAAUUGAAGACCUAAGAGUGUAAGCAUCAUAACGAAGCAUUGAAUUAAGAACAAUUUCAGUCGGUAAAUAAUUAAAUAAUAAUCUUUAAAAAAAUCAAAAAACACUGUAUUUGUUAAUCAAACU